UCAUGGCUUGUGGUUUGUGCAGAAUUUGCCAAGCCUUUGUGCUUUUGUUUUAGAUUGGAUGAACUCAGCUUCCUUGUUCACCCUGGGUGUUUGAAUCUUACUUUAGUGCGACAGACCUUUGUUAUGCGAACUCCUGGAGCUCCUUUACCGAGUUGGAAGUAUUUUUGUUUGGACAUAACAGGACACCAGUCUGCUACCCGUAGCGCCAUUUGCUUCCAGCUGUGAGAAACCCAAACAGCAUCAAUGCGGGUUUACUGGAUCCUGUCCUCCAUUUCCCUCCUGAUUUCUCUGGGGCUGUUUAUGGUUAUCUUGGGCCAGCAACGCGAGAUGGAAAUGAUAACCAUGAAAAAUAAAGAGUUAAACUGGAUGUCAGAGAAAUUUUAUAAGAAGCUUCAACAGGAAGACGACGUAAAAGAUUUGUUGCAGAGCGUGGUGACAAAAGGGCAAACUAAGCUGAAGGAUCUGGAGGCUGAAAUAGCCAACCUUGGACUGGAGGUGGAGACGAAGAAAACUGACGCAGACGCCUGUCAGGCAGAAAUGAAAACAAAAAAAGACGAGGUGGAUUCCAUAGAGUCAGACCGCAGUAAGACAACAGAUUCUCUAAAAGCAGAGGCUGAUCCUUGGAAUAAGGAGAUUGAUUCGUUGAAAAACCAACUGAAAGAAAACCCAAAAAUAUGUGAAUAUGUGGCUGCGGACAAAAAGGCAAAAGAAUUAUGCAACAAAAAAUCUGCCACAGACUGAAGAGAAGUUCACUGAGGCUGCAGCUCCACACGGAUAAACAGAAGUGCCACAUUUUUUUAUAUAUGCAAUUAAAUUACCAUCAGUGAAUGAAUUUUUUCUUCUGAUAUGUUGUCUUUUUAUUAUUUGUUGCCAAGAUUUUGACUGGUGGGUGUUGAUUUAUGGUUUUGUUUUUUUAUCUUUUUUUUCUUCCUAUCUUCUUAAAUAGUUGACAUUAAAUUGUGUUUUGUCAAAAACUAAUACAGGGUAUUUUUAUUUUAGGCUGUAAUGAGGACCCCUACGAGGAUACUUAAUUUUCUUUAAAGUGUCUUUAAAGUACACUCAUUGUUGGGUGAUCUGUGAUUUGCAGUAUUUUGGAAAUUAAUUAUAGGAGGACAGUUUUUGCAAACAAAUUAAAUUAAUGUAACUAAAUAAACAGAUAUGUUUUA